AUGAAAUUCUGGGGUGGGGUGAGUCGUUUCAUCUGCCUAAGGAGCGAUGCUUCCCAGGUAGGUUCCUGGAGGACGCAAGAACGCAAUGUGAAGCCUGGGUAUGGGCGCCCCCUGCUGCUAUCAAUCUGUUUUGUGUCAAGCUCUCGCCACCCUGACGCCCCGCUUGUAGGCUUCUGUCACAACUUCCGGGCCUCGAAGGUCCUCAUUCCGGAAGGGGACCUCGAGAUCGGGAGGUGGUUAAGGCUAACGCCUGAAGAUCGCGCACGAGCAAAGGCAGCUGCAUUUGCGGAAGUCCUGAGGCUGGGUCGGAGGACCAUCGAGGAAGCGGCGGCUACUGGGUUGAGGAGGGAGGAGGCUCUGUCGCCGCUGUUACUGGCUCUGUCGUCCUUAUCUCGCUUCACCUGUAGCAAACCUGGUCGCAGCAAGAUGCCCUUAUUCACGCCUAAUCCUUUUGAGCAGGAUGUUGGUGAGUCACCGGUGCGGGCUCAGGGUUAUUGGGGCUGUUCCCCUGGAGACGGGAUCGGGGUGAGAGGAAGGGGCGGCGGUGGUGCCGCUCGGGGCUCUGGGGAGCUAAGGAAGGGCCUGAUGGCGGCACCUCUCAGGACACUGGGCCCUCUACCAUCCUGCCCCUCUUUCUCUGUGUCCCUUCCACUUUUUCUGGGGAAAAAGGCUACAAAUGAAUACAAUACCAGUGAAGACUGGGGACUUAUUAUGGAUAUAUGUGACAAAGUAGGAAGUACUCCAAAUGGAGCAAAAGAUUGUCUGAAAGCCAUAAUGAAAAGGGUAAAUCAUAAGGUUCCUCAUGUUGCUUUGCAAGCACUUACUCUUCUUGGAGCCUGUGUAUCAAAUUGUGGAAAGAUAUUUCAUUUAGAAAUAUGUUCUCGUGAUUUUGCAACUGAAGUACGUGGUGUGAUAAAAAACAAGGCUCAUCCAAAAGUAUGUGAAAAGCUGAAAUCUCUAAUGGUGGAGUGGUCAGAAGAAUUUCAGAAAGACCCACAGUUUAGCCUGAUAUCUGCAACUAUUAAAUCCAUGAAAGAAGAAGGAAUUACUUUUCCUUCAGCAGGAUCACAGACAAUUUCAAAUGCUGCCAAGAAUGGUACAUCAUCCAACAAAAACAAAGAAGAUGAAGAUAUAGCCAAAGCUAUUGAAUUAUCUUUGCAAGAGCAGAAGCAACAGCACACAGAAACAAAAUCCUUAUAUCCAUCUGCAGAAAUUCAGUUGAAUAAUCAUAAAGUUUCCAAAAAAGUCAGAGCCUUGUAUGAUUUUGAAGCAGUUGAAGACAAUGAACUUACCUUUAAAAGUGGUGAAAUUAUUAUUGUUUUGGAUGACAGCGAUGCCAAUUGGUGGAAAGGAGAAAAUCAUAGGGGAGUAGGACUAUUUCCAUCAAAUUUUGUAUCACCUAAUUUAAACAUAGAAUCUGAGAUAGCAGCCGUGGACAGAACAAAUGUAAUUGAUGAUGCUGCAGAAGAAAUUAGAAAAUCAGAACCUGAACCAGUUCAUAUAGAUGAGGAUAAGAUGGAUAAAGCACUGCAGCUACUUCAGAGUAAAGAUCCUACAGAUUCAAAGCCAGAUUCCCAAGACUUGCUGGACUUAGAAGAUGUCUGUCAACAGAUGGGCCCUAUGAUAGAUGAAAAACUUGAAGAGAUUGAUAGGAAACAUUCAGAAUUAUCUGAAUUAAAUGUAAAAGUUCUAGAAGCUUUGGAACUAUACAAUAAGUUGGUGAAUGAAACACCUGUGUAUUCAGUCUACUCAAAGCUUCAUCCUCCAGCACAUUAUCCACCUACAUCAGCUGGGGUCCCAGUACAAUCAUAUCCUGGCCAACAUCAUGGUGGAAACUACAUGGUUCGGGGCAUUCAUCAAGUCACCAUUCCCCAAGGAUAUAAUCUGGGACCAGAUCACAUUGGCCCCCUGAGAUCUCUGCCUCCAAAUAUAAAUUCUUCAGUAACAACACAGCCUGCUCAUACUCCAUAUUUAAGCACUGGAGUAGAUACAGUUUCCAAUCCCACAUAUAUGAACCAGAACUCUACCCUUCCAUCAGCUACUCUUCCAGCUUCUUACACACAGCAGAUGGGAAUGUCUAUGGAUAUGUCAUCUUAUCAGAACACUGCAUCCAGUUUGCCUCAAGUAGCAGGCUUUCCUGUGACAGUUCCAGCUCACUCAGUUGCACAACAGCAAACAAAUUAUCAUCAGCAACCUCUUCUUUAAAAAAAACACAAAACAACAGAUCAGACAUAGUCUUCAAAACAUUCAUUAGUAUAUUGCUCAGCUCUUGUGAUUUGAGUCAUCUAAGAAUGAUAUAAAAAUAACAACCAUUUUUCUCAACUCAG